CUUUGAAACCCUAGCUUCCACCUUCCACAGCUCAGCUCCGACGCGCCGCCUCCCUUCCCGGCCCUUUUCCAUGGCUUUCUUCACCGGUGGUGGCCGAUUCCGCGAGCUUCUCAGGAAGUACGGGAAGGUCGCAAUCGGAGUUCAUUUCUCAGUGUCGGCGGCUUCGAUCACUGGCCUCUAUGUCGCCAUCAAGAACAAUGUCGAUGUAGAAUCGCUACUCGAUAAGCUACACAUGGACGGAUUCUCUUCCAAAGAUACGCCACAGACAAGUCCCUCCGAAAUCACAUCGUCCGUAGACGAUGGAUUUGUGAUCGAAGAAAGACCUACAUCAGGAAUUCAAUCAACCGUAAUGGAAGAGCCGCGGAAAAGGAAUCGUACAGCCGAGCUCGCAGCGUCGACUGGCGGCGCGUUGGCUUUGGCCGUGCUUUGCAACAAGGCAUUGUUGCCGAUUCGGGUUCCGAUCACGAUUGCGCUCACACCGCCGAUCGCGAGGCUGCUGGCGAGGCGAGGAAUUAUGAGAAGUGGUUAAGGAACUGAAUCCGUCUCAUUUCUUCAUCAUCUUUCUUGUAAGUUGGAUCGGCGAUGGUCGAUUAGAGUUAAGCUUCUUCUUCUCGCGAUCAACAGAGUAUAAUAAUCCAUUUUCUACGUUCUUAUGAGAUAUUUUUUCAAGAAAAAUUUGUCAAAACAGCAAAUGAAUAAAAUCCCACUGUGAGUUCUUCCAUUUCGUUCUU